GUUCAGCCCUAAGGCAUCGCUUGCUUCCACGUCCACUCCAUCCUACCGGCCCUACUUGCAGCCCUCGUAGCCACUCCGGAGACGUGGCGGAGUCUCCUCAGUGCUGGCAAUGUCCUCGUCACCGCCCUCAUCCUCGGAUCCCCUUUCUUCACUGCGCUCGUUGCUCGAGGCCUCUUCGGUACCAAUUCCUGACGAUGGCACUCUCGCAGCUGUGCUAGCAGUGGCCGGGGACGACGUGGGGAGGGCCGCAAGACUUAUCAUAGAUGAUCACAAGGUAUCAAAUCCAUCAGCAGCCAGAACGACGUCGACCACUUCAUCGUUAGCCCGCGACACUGGAGGACUCCGGAGGCGCCCGGGAGCAUAUCAGCCGCUUGACUUCGCCGAGAACGAGGAGGAGUACGAAGCUGCUGUGAGGGGCAACAGCGCUAGAGGCAGCUCUGGCAACCACAAUGGGAGUGGAGGCAUCGCUUCUAUGCUCUACUCGGCUCUCACGUUGCCAUUCUCGGCUCUGCAAUCGUUGCUCCUAGGCAUCCUUCGGCUGUUGCGUUUGCCCAGCCUCUUUGCCAGCCUAUUCUCGGGAGGCGGCCCAGCUGUCUUUGACGAUGGCAGCUUGUCUGCAGCUCAACAAUUCGAACAGGAUCUUGCAGCAGCAGCAGCAGCUAGUGGGACCGAUCGCUCCACCCUUCCGCCUUUCCUCACGGGUCCGUACAACGAUGCUCUGAAACAAGCCAAGAGAGAGCUGAAGAUGCUCGUCGUCGUACUCACGAACAGCUCGCAAAACGAGAGCGACAAGGCAUUCUUGAGCAAUCUUACUUCCUCUGAGGUUGCGACAGCGCUGUCCCGUUCCGAGUAUCUCGUGUGGGGAGCCUCAACAAAGCGUCACGAGGGCCGUCUUGUCGCCCGGCAAUUGUCUGCUCAUUCCUUCCCGUUCAUAGGAUGCGUUGCAAUGAGGGCUGCACCCUCCUCGGCAGCCUCCUUUGGGAUGGGCCCGACGCCACAUCUGUCUCUGGUCUCGCGAGCAUCAGGUACCGCUCUCUUGUCCUCAACGACGCUGUCCCAACACCUUCGCGACUCAUACUCCCGCUGCUCUUCUUACCUGGAAGGUCUGCAAGCCGAGCGCAUCGCUCAGGAGACAGAGAGGCGCUUGAUGGCAGAGCAAGACAGAGCUUUUGAAGAGGCUUCCAAGAGGGAUGCGGAGCGAGUUGCAAAGAAGCGGGAAGAAGCCAAGCAGGCUGAAGCGGCUAGAGAAGCCCAGAGAGAGCUGGAGAGAAAGGGUGAAGAGCUUUUGCAUCGCAAGGCUGCGUGGCGAAGGUGGGCGAAACAUUGUCUCAUCUCCCCUGCUGAGGCGACUGCGGGUCCUGGAACGACGAGUAUCGUCGCAGUGCUUCCCGAUGGACGUAGACUGGCACGUAUCUUCCCCGUCGAAGCACCUCUGGAGCACAUCUAUGCCUGGAUCGAAUCCUCUUCUGUCCCCGAGUUAGACGAUGGCGAGGACGCCAGCAAUAUCGCCCAGCCCGAAGACUACAAGCACUCGUAUGAGUUUGCUCUCUUCCUCGGAUAUCCGAGAAGGAGAGUAGGCGUCGAGGAAGUUGAAAAGGGAGUGAAGAUCUGCGAAGUGGAAGGGCUUUGUCCUCGCGCCAACAUCAUCGUUGAGGGCAAGGUCGAGGGAGUGGCAGGGACAACGGGAGAAAGUAGCGGUGAUGAGAGCAGUGACGGGGAGUGAGCGAGCAUUGCUGGAGAUACAGGAG